AUGGCCGACUGCUACGCGCAGGAGGCGGACGACCUCCACCGGCGGUGGCUGCCGCCGGAGAUCUUCGCCGACAUUGGCAUCGCCGACGCCGACGCCGCGCCUCCCGAGGCCGGUGGCGGCGGCGGCGGCGUCGAGGAACUCGCGGUGCAACUCGCCGGCAUCCUCGGCGGCAAGGGCAAGGUGGCCCCUCGCGCGCCGCCUCCGACCCCUGCCGUCCCCGCCCCUUGCCACCGCGCGCAGGUUUGCGGUCUGGAAGGGAGGUUCGUCGUGGCCUACGGCGGGAGUAAUAGCGGCGCGGCGGUGGCGUGGCCGUUCGUGCCGUACUCGCCGGUGCAGUUGCAGGUCGCCAGCAACUUGGCGAGCAUCGGCGGCGCGCUGGACUACUCGAGGCUUCCCCCGGCGCUGCCCUCCUGCCCGGCGAGGGCGAAGCUGCGCGGCGGCACCGGCGUGUUCCUGCCGCGCGCCGAGGCGUACAGGCACGCGGGCAAUCCCCUGGCGAAAGAUGGGAAAGCACCAGGCCCGAGGGCGUGGCCUGGGAGCCUGGGGCUGCGGCAGAGGGAGGAAAGGGAGCAGCAGUGGCACAACGAGACCAUGUACCAGCGGCAGCAGCGUCACAAGGCGACUGCCGCGGCGGAGAUGGCGCUGCCCCAGGAUUGGAGUUACCACCGAUGGUGAUGGGCAGUUGGGGAUGGUGGCGAACAGUACUUUAGUAGUAGUAGAUGUUCUUGUAGCGGCAGUAACAAGGGAAAGAACAAUGAUAAUAACAGGAUGGAUUGUAGGGAAGGAGCAAUGAUAAUACCAGUAGUUCUGGUCGUAUGUUUGCAGUAAGUUAUCGUGAUCUGUGCCUUCUUCUGGCCUUGCUAAUCACUGUGCGGUUGGAACAAUAAUGAAGU